UCAAACAAUCGCACAUGCAUGUACCUGCAUAUCAACUACAGAAGUCAACACGAGACAACCAAUUCAUGUGGAUCCCUUAUCCAUUCGAGCAUAUCGACGGAGAGCUGUCCUGAAGCGUCUUGCCCACCUGAAGCGCCACUUCUGAUGUAGGCGCCGUUUCCCUGUGUGGCGACGGAUUCAUUGUACGCCCUCCCAUUCACGAACGAGCUGGCGUGGCUGCUGAGGGCAGACUGGCACAUUUCCGCUGUCUUUCGUCCUGCCUCCUGGCCGAUGUUCUGCCUUUGGUUCAAUGGGAGGGAAUCCAUGAUAAAGCAGCUAUCAUUGGCGACACUGGGGCGCAGGAGACGCUGAGCAUCAAAAGAGGGCGUCUCCUGCGGACUCGUCUUUCGCUUGUCCGCCGUCCAGACGUUUAAGCACUCGUCGGCCACACCGUCGAGGUCGUGCAAACCUGACAUAUUCCUGAGGAUAGGCAGCCAUUGGUCCGAUGCUCGAAUCUGCCUAGAUCCCCAGCUCACCUUGGCGUAUGGCAGUAUGGAGAAUAUCGAGGAGGUCCAGCACGGGCCACUCUGAGACGAACAAGGCAUGCCAGCCGGUCAGCCAAAUGCAGUACAGCUAGCUCACCUGUGCUCAGCAAGGUCCGAAGAGGAAUCUGCCUGAUGAUGUCUCUCACGAGAGUGUCUUUUCUGUCGACAUUUUGAAUCAUGGCUGCCGAGAUGAGGGCCAGCGGGCACUUGUUAAAAUAGCGAGAGGCCUCUACGGGGAGAGAGACAUACUGUGCCUUUCGGCAAUCAGAUCCUCUGUGGGCCUUUGUGUACCUUUGGCGACCUCUUGGCCGAGUCGAGCCGCCUCAUUUGCGUUCUCUUGCAGAACGGUUGCUGGCGGCUGGCCCCCACUGAUUUGGUCUUGCCAUGUGCUUACCAGCCCCAU